CGGACCAAAUUGUACGAUACGGUUUGGACCACGAUUUUUCUAACGGCUUGGUCUAUUUUUCCAGCCUUAGAAGAUAGAGAGAUUAAGGUUUGAUCGUAACUGAAUUCUGUAACUUUAGGCUUGAUGUUUGUAGGCUGAACGAGAGAUAAUCUCAAUUGGGCUUUGUGACUUGGCCCAGGAGAUUUCUCCUUUCCUUUUGGUUUUGACUCCAACGCAAUGUCUAGGGGUGUUCAAACGGUUUGGUUAUCAUGGUAACCAUUUUAACCAGUAGUAUUUGGCUAAUUUGGUUUGGUUAAUUUCGAUAAUUGGUUUGGUUUGGUUAAAAAAUUUAGCUUGUUUGGUUUAGGUGGUCUGGUUUGGUUUCAGGCACUCCUAACCAAUCAAACCAAAUUAACCAGUUAAGUAAUUUGUCAUAUAUCUUAUAUAUAUUAUAUACACAUACUUAAUACUUUGCAUAACCACUCAAGAGUCAAAUGUAAGAUAAUUGUAUUUGUUACAUGUAUUUAUGUUAAGGAUUAACUAUAAUUAUGUGGAUUGUUAUGUGUUGUUCAUUAUAUAAAUUGCAAAUUGAUGCACUAACUGAAAAUUUUUCUCACUUAAUGAUAAUGUGGCGUUAUAUUGGUUAUUUUGGUUAACCAAUUAACCAAACCGAAUAAACUUUAGUUUGGUUAAUUUGGUUGUUGUAUUAGUUUGGACGGUUUAGUUAUGAUAUUGUAUUCCAUGGUUAAUAGAUUUUAGACUUAUUUGGUUUGGUUAUUAUCAUGGUAACCAUUUGAACACCCCUAGCAAUGCCUGCAGAAACUUAAUGAAAAUGCUGCGUUUUAUUAAGACGGCUUGACAGCUGCUAUUCCAAAGUGCUGUGUUUCACUAACAAGCGUUGGAUAUUAGUUUUCUUCUUCCAUGGAUCGACAAAGUCCCUGCCAUUUUGUUAGACACCAAGAACAAACAAGAACACUGAAAUCGCAGAGAAUAAAAGAGAUGAGACCACACACGAAUUUUUACGUGGUUUUCUUGUAUUGGGAGAAUAAGGAUCCCAAUACUGACUACUCCACGGUCAGAGACUCGCCAUUCGCGAUCUCCGACGAUCCACUAGAUGUUUUCGUUGAAGUUCUUCAAUUACAAAUGAACACCCGAUUAGCUCCCCAGCCAAUCGAUCAAAUCCAUUCCCCUUUGAGAAUUCGAGGGUGCCACCGCGGGUCCAGCUUUCUUUGAGAAUUCGAGCCAUUAUUGGAAAGAAAGUCGAAUUUGGAUUGAGAACUUCAAGGAUGGAAAUUAACAGUAGAAAAUGCACCAUGAGAAUGGUUUGGUCCCAUCCUGUCGAAGUUUGGUGGCCUGGUUUGCAAUUUGUUAUUGGGUAGCAGGUAAAUGUAAUCCUUGUUGUGUUAUUGGGUAGCAGGUAAAUGAAUUCCUUGUAGUGAUGCUAAUUGGUAGUUCUUGUAGAGCCACGAUGGAGAAGCUGUAGACAUAUGUAGUUUUUGGUUUUGUCUGCUGAUGAUGGAAGUGUAGAGCUGAAUGUCUGAUGUUGAAACUUGUGAUUGACUGGACUUGGAUUGCUGCAGGUUUGCAUUUGGGUCUUUCAGCUCAGGUAUUCUUCUUGUGUUUUGCAGUUUUGGUCCAAUGGAGGCGUAUGUAUAGUAUAAUUAAUUAGCCUUAUUCUUAUCCCGUUGGUCCCCCCUUUUUCCACGCACUGGCUUAAUGAUCAAACCAGCAGCACGGAGCAGUAAUUUAUCUUAAGUUCCACGCACUGGCUUAUGUUUAAGAUAUAUACAUCUGUAGCUUCAUCAUAUGCAAGAUAUUGAUGUUUGUCAAGCAUAAUUCACUGUUUUCAAGCAUGUAUUUGAAGAUAGUUUAUUUUUUGGAUGGUCUUUCUGUUGCUAUCUGUUGUAAUAUAUGAUGCUAAAAUUGUGGAUCUGAAAUGUUUGAAAAGCUUGCUGCUAACUUGAUCCAAGUGUAGUAGCUAGUUUACCUAGUUAUGUUUAAAAAGCUUGUUGCUAACUUGAUGCAAUUAGACUCUGAGCCUUAGGUUGAAGUCUUUAAAGAAUUGGAACUUAUAAGAGUAUGUUUCAGGGUUCAAUUGUUUGAUUGGCCUACUGAAGUGAUCUGUCUAUUUGUUAUUAUUGUUGUAGGAAUGAAUCGACGGGGAAGUAUUUUACCCGGUAAAUCUCGUGUUUGGGAUUCGACAAUGGACAAGAUUCUAAGCUGGGUGUUGCUGGAUCAAAUAGUUCAAGGAAAUAAGGGUGGUGGAGACUGGAAGACGCAAGCAUACCAAGCAGUUGUGGAUCAACUAGACACUGAUUUGGCAAUCAGUGUGACGAAAGAUUCAAGAACAGAAUUCGAGCAUGGAUGAAAAGCUAUGGAGUGAUAGUUGAUAUUCAAAGCGAAGCAUGUUGAACUUGUGGGAUGAAGAGAAGAAGAUGAUCAUAGUUACAGCUGAGAAUAUGAGUGCUUGGCUAUCUUAUUGCAAUGUAAGGUUCUUUCCCUUAUUAUGUUACAUCAUCUUACAUCUUUUCUCUGUAACCUUUAAACUAUCUCAACCGCUGCAGCACUAUUCCGUGUUAGAGAUAGUGUUUCUGUUUUGGGUUAGUUAGGCCUUGUUGGAUGAUAGCUAUUGCUGUGAUGGUGGUGUCCUCAGUCCUGUGAUAUUUUGUUGGAGAUUCUGGAGCAAAACCCUUGAUUAUAUAUAGCUUGUUAGACCCUUCCUUGCUUUCUGAUUCUUACUCUUCUUAUAUCAGUGUCUCGGCUCAAGUUCUUAGAGUUAUUGAUGAGGACUGGCAUAGUUCAGGUGGAUACUGAAUUGUGAAGUAAAAUAAUUCAGUGAUAUAUGGUUGAACAUGACAGUGAUUGCCUAGUCAAGAUGAGUGGAGUUUUGAUUCACUGUAUUGCCUUUGUGAGUGGUAAUAAAGUUGCAACAAAAUAUCCAAACAAUUCUUUAAUAGAUAAAAAGUGCGUGGGUUUGUGUUCUCCGUAGAGUGGUUGGCAACGGCGGACGGAAAGACGACGUUUGGGUCGGAUUGGAAACAUACCCCGCUUUAACUGACACAGUAGCUUCCGUACGCAAGUGCAUACUUCCUACCGCAAAUCCCGCAUUGAAACGUGUUCUUUUGGUCUUCGCGUCGUUCGCCAUGCCGCUUUCCCCGAUCGCCGGUCUACCACGCAUAAAUCGGCAGGGAACCCGGCGCGGCCGAAUGGAUUCUCCGAAUACGCCACACUCUGGAUGGAUGAGUUGGUUGGUUGCCUGAUUCCUCUUUUUCCUACCUGCGUCUGUCGUUUGCUUUAGGUUCCUCAUUUUUUGCCUCUUUUCCUAGGGUGUUCUGAUCCAGGGACUUGCGUCUAAGCAGCUGUGUGGUCAAUUGCAAUAGGUUCUUGCUGUGGGCAAGGUCUAGUUUGUAAGCCAGUGUGUCCAGCGUGAGUCCAGGAGACUUUGGUUGGCGUGUUCUAAUGACCGCCUGUUGUAUUUCAAAUCCAAAACUUCCUUCAUCCACUCUCCUGAAGACGAUCAGACCUUCUGUCCUGAUAGCUUUGAGUUUUGCUGCUUUGAGGACCUCCAGAACAUCGCCGCAGGACAUGGCUCUGUUGUAGGUAUGUAUUCUAUUCAUGACGCUGCCCUGCUAAACGUUCACGCUAUGCCUGCUGAAGAAAUUAUCUUUUCCGUAGAUGUUGUAGGGCGGUUGGUGUCUGCAACGCAUGUUACCUAUUUCCAGAAGCAAGAACGUUCCAUCAAGCGGCAAGUUGUGGUCAUUGAAAAUGAAAGGUAUUUCGCACUUGCCUUUGUGGUCGCCCUCGCCUUCUUUGUUCUGCCUGAUUCCUCUUUCAGCCUGAUAAGUGUGUUCCUUCUGCUGCCAGGAAAGCCUCCCUAUCAAUCACGUUAUCAGCACCUGUGAUUGUGGCAUUCACCAGCCUCAGCCUGUCUAUUUGGCGUGGACUCUGUUCAGUGCUAUGUGCCCGGAAGUCAAUUGAACUGCAACAUGCACUGCCUCUCCAUGGUUGUCCCAUACUGCACUUUGUGUUUCUAACGGUGGCUUUUCCCUCGCUCUAUUAGUCUAUAUUUUGGUUGUGCUUUACUUGCCCUUCGUUGGCUUCUGCGGAAGAUAAGAACAUACCCACUGUCCUGCAUUAGCUUUGUUCUUAUCAUCGCUAAUGUGCGUAUGAUGCAGCUCUUACUUUUCCAUUUUUCGUAUCCUUUCUUUUAAUUAGCAGUUUCAUGAUUUCCUUUGGUCUUGGACAGGACUGAUCAGAGGCUCAGCUUCGAAUGGAGUUUUAGUAGGAGGUUCAUUGUCUCUGUCCCUAUGUCUUUUCAGUUUUAUUGUGAGAGAUCUCUCUCAUUCUUAUUGUUCUUGCCCCUGAAUCUCUUCUGACAUCUUGGGAACAACGGCAUCGGCGGCAAAAACCACCACAGAGGACAAGAUCUUACUUACUGCAGUUUACAAGUCGGUCUCUCUAUAUAUCUCGCAAUUUGAUUUCUGCUGCUUUUUAUUUGUUGGUUGGCCAUUACUGUUCCGUUCCACCUUCUUUAGUUCUCUUUGUCUUCAGUUAGAUGGAGCUUCAUUAAUACUGUUGUUUGGUCUUUUUUCAAUUGUAUAACCUUCUGGUACAAUGUUCACUCUUCAAACAGAUUGGUAAACCAUUUUGUCCAGGAGUUCAAGAGGAAGACCAAGGAUAGUAUUUCUUUUAAUUUCUUUGUUGUUUCCCUAUAUAUGAUCCAAUUCAGAUUUACUUCCUUGAAUUCUACAUAGCUUCUUACUUAUUUCUUUCUGUUUGAUUCUUUAGGUCAAGACUUUUGCCUUGGACACUCAAUUGAAGCUUAAGGAUCUAGAUCAGAGCAGUAGAUAGCUACAUGUGGUAGUGGAACAAUUUUAAGGUUGGGUGGUUCUUUGGCCAUAUUACUAUCAAGUAGCCUAAACUAGCUACUACUGCUAAUCCUUACUUUAUCUCUGGCUUAUCAAUGUGGAAAACUUACUGAUAGUCACUUCCUACAAAGCUAAUGCAACUAAAAUAAUUAAAACAAAUCGAUCAUGCUUUGUUGUAUUUGCUUGCUCGAAAUCUUGAACUUUUCUUGAAUAGGAUACUUAUUGAUGCUUUAUACAAUGCAUUUAUAGUUUUACUUAAAUUGCUUCAUUCGCUUGCAAGGACAAACACUUUCAGAGAGACGAGUUUGAGGCUCAACUGAAAUUCAUUUCAAUUGAAUUUCAACGGAUUUGAAUUGUAUCAUUUGGUGGCCAAGACUGUAUGGAGUGUUCAAUAUAGUGACAAAUACCAGAAGCUGCAGGGGUUUUCGUAUGCAGCCCUCAGAAGGAAAAUAGCAGAUUUGUAAGAGUGCAGAAAACAGAUGUUUCGGAGAUAUUUCCAGGAUCAAGAGACUUAGUAUUGGACUGCAGAUCAUAUGAUGCAUAUAUCCUCUCUUGAUAAGCUGUUGCUAUCAUUCUGCAUUUCGUUGUGGAAAUGGAGUGACAUGUGCAGUAAUAUAUGGAGAUCUGUUGAGUGGAUCUUCUUAAUGUGAAGAAUGCAGGAAUUUGAAUGAACGGCAGUUAUAGAGCAUGGGUAGGAGGCUGAUCUUGCAUUUCUUUUGAUGUUUUUCUUCCUUCACUGUUUUGCUGCUACCUCUUAGCAGUCUGAGUAUAGUUUAGUAUUUAGAAACUCUUGAGUCUUUUUAGCUUCUUAAUAAUCUUCUAUAUCACCAUUAAUACAAAGGACACUUUCAAUAUUAUUUACUUCUGUAGAACUUGAUAAGGAGACUACCGUUGACAUAGUCAACAACCACUCUCUAUUGUUGCUUCAUUGUAGCUGAUAGUUGCUUAGUUUUAGCAUUCUGUUUUACCCACUUCCCAUAACAAUAGCUACCAUGGUUUGUUCACAAUCUGUAUAAAUGUAUAGCUUCAAUAAUAGAACAGAUGGGAUUCACAGUACAUUUAUAGAACUAUGUUGUAUAGGUUUGCUAUUUAGUGUUUAGUAGUAACAGGUGGUGUGCAGCCUAAAGUUACUUUGCUUAAAUCACACCAUCAAGUUUAAUGCAUCAUUUGAACUGAAUUUCCUGUCCAUGAAACUCAUCUGCGGUGCUUAUGAAUUUCCAUUCCUCAGCUUAUCAUCCAAUGUUCGUUAGGGCAGUGUUGUAUUGUUUAUCACUAAGAAGGUAGUUUACAAAGGUAUUCAUUAGUUGUUAGUCAUUAUUUUGUUAAGAAUAUGAUAGUGUUUUGUUGACCAAAAUUAUUAAUCAAUGUGCUUUUUUUAAUACGCGCAUCGAAUCAUAGUCUUAUGCUUAGACCAAGCUUUUUUCCUGAGCAUUUACCUACUACCACAGGAUUUGAAUCACAGCUAAGGAGAUUAGAUCAGAAGAUGAAGGAACAACCUUAAUAACAGUAAGAUUAAAACAUUGGAGAAGCAAGACCAAAUCAAUGAACUUAAAGGUCAAGUAAAGACCAAUUGACUGAUUAUGCUCUCUGCUAACCAUGUCCUGCGGCGUAGCCGCGGGUAUUAUUUCUAGUAGAUUUUAAAUCCUUGGUAUUUGAAAUCAUGUAGUUGAAAUACACAUUUAUCCAAAUAAUGAAUUUUAAAUCCUAGGUAUUUCAAAUGCAUGCAUUUCAAAUUCAGCUAUCCAAAUGCACCCUCGUGGGUCGUUUAGUUUCCUAUGGCGUCCGAAAUAGCAUGUCGUGGAUUCUGCAAUGGGAUGAUGGGUGUGUGUUUUUCCUUGUUUCUGGUUUUAACGAGCAGCUGGGUGUCGAUGUAUUUGUUCCUGUGCUUAUCUCUCUGCCUUGUUCUUUUUUACAGUGAAUGCAAGAAAUAGGUUGUCCACCUGUGCUUUGUGACGAAGCAUUGUUCUUGCUCCUCUAUGCCCCAUGUGUCCUGCUUACCUGUAGGCUGUAGCUCAGUAGUUGGAGGCAUAUGAAACAUCAUCAGCAAAGGGAAGUUUUGAGCUCGAAUUUCCUAUAUUGUAUAGAAUCCCAGAAACCUCAAGUUGGAGAAGAAAUGGUGAGAAGGUAGCUGUUUACACUCUCUCUCGUUCUCAUCACUGCCAGUAGUAUAACUAGCUUCUUCUCAAUUUCAAAUGUCAAAGGGUACCCAUAAAGUGUUAGGUGCUUAAUUUAUCCUUCAGACUCCACUUGUUGUACAAUGGAUGAGUCCUGAAGUUCAAGAAGGUUGAGAGGUUUCUGACUGGUUUAAUAUCCUGGUACUUCAUCAAAACAGGUUUGCUGUCAUGCAUUGAAGCUCAAAGGGUCAUUUAGUUGAUAGUUGUAUAUUCAGGCUUCAUGAGUUGAUUUUGGUGGUACUAAAUACUAAUCACAGUCUCAACAGUUUAUUUGUGAUUUGCUUGGGUGAUAUCUUUUGUUGUCUUAUUUUUUACUUUUAUUUUUAGUCUUCUAUUGGGGUUGGCCCCGAAGUACAGAGCACUGAGUGUAUAGGUUAAUCCCUUAGGGUUGUUUUGUUAAUGGUCCUUAGAGUCCUUUUGAUCAGCAUGUUUCAUAGGAAGAAGUUUGGUGAGCUUCUCUUUCACUUGUUCAUCUAUUAUGCCCCUACUUCUUAUACAUGAUAUAAUUGUACAAGUGUAACUGUGUGAAUUUGUUGCAAGGCAUAAUGGAGAAGUCGCCGAGAAGAUGAUUCAUGCCUGGCUGAUUAACGUAGUUCGUUGGCUUGCAGGUAAUGAGGAACUAUGGCGAAGUAAAAGCCGAGAAGUGCUUAUUUAACUAUAGUGCUAGCUGAUCUAUUUCCAGAUGUAAUAUGGCCUCAACAGUGGAUGGAUAUGAUUCAGGAACUCUGUAGAUUAGUCAAGGAAGGACAUAAGCUGACAGUUAGUUUGUGGUGCUGGUAUGUGGCACUUGUAUGGGAAGAUCGAUGCAAUCGAGUAUUUACAGCAGUAAGAAGUAGUACUGAACUACUUAUGCAGAUCAAGCAAGAGGUGGCUUACUACAGUCAUGGCAACCCUAAUUUCAGUCUAGUAUUAACAAGCAGCCCUGUGUAUUCUGUAAACUACUUGAGUUUGAUUCCAAGUUAGCUGGUAGUAGAGUGUUGGAUGUAGUUUGGCUAUGUUAGUUGAAACUUAGUUGUGUAGUUGAGUAGAAUUAGAGUGAAACUUUGUAGUUGCUGUGCUGUCUUUGGACAGAUGUAGUUUUUCGAAAGACUUGGUUUAACAAGCAAGAGCUAAAUAAAGAUUACGACAAUUACCAGAAAAAAAACGAGAAGUACGAAGGAUCUCUUGUUGCUGAUUCUAGCAGUGGGAAUGGAAUACAUAUCAUUUGGCAAC